AACUAAGUCUAUGUUUUAACAUGCUUAUUUUCGUUUAAUGUCAAAAUUUGUGUUAUUAUUUUCGGAAUACCAUGUGCAAGAAGUUUUCCUUUAUAGCAAACCUUAAUAUUUGCACUAAGUACAGGGCUUGCGUUUUGUGGGCAUGUAUCAACAUAAUCUUCGGAAUCGCAUUUAUCCCAUUAGUUGUGGACUUCGUGAAACGGCAAAAACUACCGAAUGCUAUUUUGGUUUUUGGUUGCAUAUGUGGAGGCAAUUUUACACUGUCUGGAUUCAUGCUACUUAUUGGUGUCUUAAAGGAUGUUCGGUGUUUGGUGGGUUCAUCCAUAGUUUUCUGCGGAAUAGGCAUAUUUUUUAUUCACUGGCUAAUAAUACCUUUGGCGCUCUUUUUCAUUUUUUCUUUUAUUGUGUUCAACUAUUAUCAAGUGGUUAUGUCUCCUGAUGAUCGCUAUCGAGUGCCAAGGCGAUUUUCGUAAAUAAAAUACUUAUUUUUCUUUAAAGCGAUUGUACGUUAGGGUUCUAUAUUUUUUUGUAUCCCAACCACAAUAAAUA